GUUGUUCCAAGGUUGUUGUUGAGAUCAUGUAUUUGGUGUUGAUCCUUGGGACGAUAUUUUGGCUAUCCCCCUUUCAACUUAGUGCACAACCUUGUUUCGACCACCAUCUCCAGCCGCACAGAAAUUCCCCUAGACCUUCCUAUAUCUAUAUAUCUUCCUAUAUCUUAUUAGCAGCGGUGGCAACUGCAGGGCUAGCUUGUCCAGAAGACGGAAAUCAAUGCAGGAGGCUCCAGAGCAGUUUAUAGCAAAUAAUACAAAACUAGCUGCUAUAAACUCCUAUAAACCGCAUUUACAAUUACUCCGAUUAUCCUGAGGAGAUGCUGGCGCCUGAACAAGCAAAGGAAACGAAGUGCAUAGCAGCUUAGAGCAAAUGCAAACACGGUCUUGAAUAUUUCGACCCGGUUCAAAUGUCAGAUAAGAUACGUGGAUGUCGGAUGACAAACCACACCCCUGAGAAAUGGGCCAUGCGCGGGAACUUGAUAAUUACAAGCUAAAAACUUGGGCGAUUCACGAGGGCCGUUUCGCAUUCUGAUAGAAGCUCUUAUAUGAUGGCUCCAACUAAUACUCCAACAAGGCAAAGUAAUGCCUUGGGUCGAGCUCCUCAAUCUGCCGGAAUUAGAUCCGUUUCGCGAACUCCACGCUUUAUCUUUGGAUCAACUGCUCCCUCAAGCUCUGCGUCUCAAUUUGCAGCAAUUCCUCGCUUUCGCUUUGCUGAAAAGUUCGGGCAGGUAUCUGUUUCUGAUAUCGAAGCUGAUCUGAGUGAUAUUGCCCCUUCAUCUUCAGCCCUUACGGACUCUGAUGGGCGAAUUGGAAGCUUGCCCCUUCUAUAUUCAAGGGAGGAUGAGAUCCAAGAUUCCAAUAGCGAUGAAGAGGAGAUCUUAUUCCAUGAUGACCCUACUUCUUCCCCUUUAGAAGGGCAUUCAGGAGCUCGGGAUGACGCGGGGGGAUUUGAUAGUGAUGCUGAAAUCGAUUCCAUUUUUCCUCCAACCCCUGAAAGACGCAACGCAAAACGCAGAAGAGUGUCAUCUCCUGCUCUUAAUAAUCCCAAUGCAGAUCCAAUCUCGUCGUGUCCAUCCCAUCCAUCUUCAUCCCCAUCAUCACUACAUCCGCCAUCACCCGUCUCCUCUUUGGCAUCUCUCACUACUCCAUCCCGAGCCUUGGCCCCGGAACCAUUUACCCCGCUGCUCCCAUCAAUCACAACCUUCAACCGCCCGCCUUCAUCAUCCACUAAGCACCCCCGUUUUCUUUUUCGCCACCAGCAAAGUUCACCUUCCAUGUCUACACAUUUCGCUCCUUCCCAAUUGAAGCCAACUACUGCACCGAUCUCAUCUCAACGGCGACCACCGCACUUCAUCCUCCCACCUACCUCUUCCAGACCACCGGAGCACCUCCAUCUUGCUCUAACCACAGAUGAAAGAUCCCUUAUCCCCGGACGCUCCAGACGGUCCAACUCUACCACGCCAAUCUGUGUACCGGGUGGCAUGACCGCCUCCGUCCGUGGUUGGCUACUAGAAGCAGAAGCAGCAAAACACGCCUCCCAAUUCCAGAACACACAGGCCAGCGCUUUCCAAGCGCCCAGGGUGACGCAAGAAAUGCCACCCCCGCCGCGAGUAGCUAACUAUUACCUCGUAGCCGAAGUCGUUGAUGUCCAACAUCAGGCAUCUACCAGCAAAAGCGACCAUAAUACGUAUACACCUGGCCAUCCUACUCCGGUGACAUUGAUCACAACGACCCCCAUAAAUAAUUCUUCUACCGCUAUUGCCAGUAGUAUCAUCAACACGGACACCAAUAGCACAACCCCAUCUACAGUACAACAGCAAACAUCUAUACGGCCCCCUUUCAUACAUCCCCCGUCCCGCAAAAUCCUACUAUUCGGGGCACCCAUCUCCAACCCACCGCGCAGCCACAGUCGCGGCUCUUUUGAUACACCGGGCCAACAUCCCGGCCGCCAUCCACGCCUUAGUGCAUCGUUCUUUGCCGCAUCUCCUAUCGUAGCAAAAGGAGACAAAAUAGGGCUCCGUCGCGGCCUUGUGUGGGAGAUGGAAAUUGAGGAAUUUCCAGGGAGGGUAGGUAAUGGGCAAAUGAGACAGGAUAGGGAAGGUGCAGUUGAUGCAGAGGAUGUCGCUGGAAGUGCAAGCGCACCCGGAACCCGAAGGAGGGAUGUUAAGGUAGAGAAGUGGCUUGUUGGUGUUGAGUGGGAUGUAUUAUGACUCGAGCUGUUUUACUACGUACAUAUAGCUUGGAGAAAUGAACCUUUACCCAAGCCACCUAGAAAUAUAUUCAGACAGACGAAACGGCCAAACGCAUAUAUUAUGAGACCCCGCUAUAUUAAAACUCCUUACACUCCGUUCAUUCAUUCAUUUCAAAAGCAAAAUACUAUCCCUAACAAACAGUAGCCCAAAUUAAAAACAACCCUCAAAGGAGAAAAGAAAGCAAUCAACCAAAAAUGGCUCCCAAGAAGGGAGAAGUGAUCCCCGACAAGCGGUCACUCCCACCCCCCACCCCCAAGCAACCCUCCCAAAACGCCUCCUGUCGGCUUUCCCCCCUUCGCCAGCCCCCUCCGCUCCACCCCCUCUCUCCCCCUCGCCGGAAGCUCCCACUCCCUCUGCCUCUCCCUGGCCGCUGCAUAAUAAUUCACAGACCCCUUCUUCCCGUUCUUACCCUGCAACUGCAUCCCCGCUCGUGACUCCGUCACCGACACCACGGGUUUCGCGCCAUAUGUCACUGCCGCAGUAGCUGCCGCCGAAGAAGACGACGAUGAUGAGGAUGAAGAUGCCGUUGCGCGCCGAAUGAGUAGCGGUGGGCGCUUGAAGAGUGGCGUGCUGUCAUUGGAGAAGAAGGCUUGGCGGGACCCUGAAGCGGUGGUUGACGUUGUGGAGCCGGAGGCGGCGUUGGAGGAUGCCUGUCUGCGGAGUGAGAGGCGGUCGACGACUUUCCCGCGCUGUCGGCGACGGGGGUGUAUGUGGUUAUAAUCGGAACCUGUGACACCGCGGCCGUUGGCAGGUGCCUGGAUAGGCUUGUCGCUGUUGUUGUUGCUGUCAUUAUUAUCAUCAGCGGAGAAGAGGCGGGUUUCUAUGUCAUCUUCACGCUGCUGCUCGUUGGUGACUUCGGUCUCCCUCUCUGUCUCCUCAUCAGAGAGCAGUAUAUCCUCGUCGAACGAUUCCGAGGCAUUAGAAUCGCCCCCAUCAAGGAGGAAAGACACCGACUCGCGGAUCUCAGCGAGCGUCAAGGGCUUCUUCCUGCUAGGGUUCUCCGCCGUACGGCGCAUGUGCGGCGGUGGACGGUUCAGCGCAUCGGGACCUGACUGGUCAAGUGGGCGCUUGCGCUUAUUAUUGCCAAUAGCAGAAACAUUUUCCCUUUCUGCAAAAUGAUCGUUCGCCCCUCCUUCCUGUUGUUGGAUGAUGAACGCUGACGAAAUCCUGCGACGUAUCCUGUGAGCUACUCGUGUUUCCACCUUCCAAAAAAUCCACCAUCGGCACAUCAUUAUCCACAUCCCUAUCUUCAAUAGUGCGCAGGAAAGCAGUUUUUUUCGGAUCCUCCGCUAUCUGACCGAUCUUCUCAUCGGCCAGGAGAGCUUUACGCAUCUUGGCGAAUUCUCUUCUCUUCGCACGACGGCGCGCGGCGAGGCGUUCAUCAUCUGAAUCGGAAAGGUCCAGAUCAUCACCGCCGGCUCCGCGCCUGCGGCGAAGAGCACCAGUAGCGAUGUCCCUCAUCAGCUUAUUGACUUGCUGCUCGUCCUGUUGUCUUGAGUGAUUUCUGUGAAAUUUGGUCUUGUUAGUUUCAUUUCCCAUGUAUUAUCCAAUAUAAAAAGGAACACCAGGUGCAAAAACCUACGCAUUAAGUGCAGCCAACUCCUUCUCAUCAACCACUUCCCCACCGUCGUCAUUAAUCAUACUAAGAUCAAUCUCAUCCUCUUCGCCAGCACUCUCAUCACUCGCCCCUCCCAACCCCGCAUACUCAUCCUCAGACUCCUCAGCCACCUCAUCAAUAACAUCACGCGCCCUGCUUUUAGACUUGUCAAAUGGAGUCUGCGAAGUCUUUUGCGUUUUCUUGUUCGCAGCCCUGCGCAUGACAUCAAAGGCACUAGAUUUAACCAGGAACCCUUCAUCAUCGUCCUCGUCAACAUCGGAAAGAUCAGCCACGGGUCCACGCCGCAGAAUUCUUGUCCCCCCGGUCCGUCGGGCAAUGGGGGAUUGAUCUUCACCAACGGGCACGGUAUCGAUCGUCGACGUAGGUACCCGUGCAUGCACAUCGGUAAACCUCUUCCCCUGGUCAAAUGGAGAAUACACAAAUCCAGCAUCCUGCGUCGGUUCAGGCGCCUGGGAGUAUGAUGUGACCGUCCUAGCCGCAGGAGACUCUGACACCCGGUCCUCCCCAUCAGCUCGUGGGUAACUCGCGAAUAGAUCGAGCGGGACGGAAUCCUGGCCCUGGCUGUCACGAACAAUUUCCUGCGAGUCUCGUUCCAGUAGAAGUUGAUCAACAGGGCACUCAAUAUCUGGCAUCCUGCGAAGCAUGGCGAGAGAGUCCUCUUCGUUAUCCUGGCUAUCUGCGAAAGUAGCCCCGAAUGCCUGCGUUAGGCCCAUUAAUGGGGUCCGAGAGGCUCCAAAAUCUGGGAAGAGGGGUCGGGCCUGUGAUCGAACGGGCGUUUCUUGUGGUAUCGGAGCAACAUCCACAUUUCCAUCUUCAUCCUCGUCGUCGCUAAUAACGCGCCUCCGGUUUCUCCUUGGGAAAUUCCCGUCUGUCCUUUGUACUUGAUGGUUGCCUGAUUCACUUUCUUCACCCUCAUCUUCUGAGACCUCAGCUUCGUCUGCUUCAUUAUGGACGAAUCCAGUACCCUCUUCUCCCUCAUCAACGCGCCUAUCGUCUUCUUCUAAUUCUUCAGCUUCCACUUCCUCGUCAUCACUUACUAUGAUGUCCUCCCCUUCCUCUUCGUCAGACUCAGAAAGGACCUCCCCAUCCGCGCCCUGGUAAUCCCCAUCCUCACUAUCAUCCAGGUCAACAGCAUCAAGGUGUCUACCAUCCUUCUUUGCCGCUUUCCGUUCCCUCCUCGCAAUCUCCUCCGCCUGCCCUCUAGCUUUCUCCAGCAAAUCCUCAACCUCAUCAUUAACACGCAUGCGUUCCUCCGCAGUCUCUAUAACAACACCCUUAGCUCUCAGCUCCUCGAUCUUCUCCUGCCGCUCCUGCAAUGCCUGUAGCCGCGCGCGUCGGAAAAGAUUGUUGUCCAACUCACUGCGCGUCAUCAUGGUUGUCUGUCGCUGGCGCGUCGGAGACGUGAGUUGUGCUAGGGUUCUAAGUUUUAGUAGUGUGGAGCAUGACUGGUUAUUACGCGUCGGCAAAUUCUCAAAGACAGCGAUACGACGCGUUUUCGCAGGGGAAGUGAUGAUUUCCAAAUCAGAAUCGGUGUUGUUCUUUUGACUCUCCUCUAUCGACUGGCGGGAGAGGCGGAUACGGACGGGUCGUGUUGUUUUGCUGGGUAUUCCGGGUGCUGGGGUUACGGACGGCGCUUUCGAGGCCUGUCGCUCCGGACGAGAGGGAUCAACUGGUUCGUGAGAAACCUGCGCGGAUCCAGCGAAUAUCUCUUCCACGGAUGGAAUAUAAAUGUUGUCGUCAUCCUUCGACACGCUAAUUCGCUUACUGCUAUCUUCGCCGGCUUCCUCGACUGGUUUGUCCUCUGAAAUUCCCUCUCUCAAGGGUGAAGUAGGCGGCGUACUAUGUCUAGCCUGCCCUUCCUCAUGGUCUGACGAAGCGGGAGCAGAACUCGUAGCCUCGGCCGCAUUUAGAGACGAGCUUUUGCUAUUAAAUUUAGCUAGGAAACUAUCUAGCGUAAUCUUUUUCCUUGUAACAGCCUGGUGGGCCAACUGCAUAUUGCGACUCAUACGUUGCGUCUCGCGGUUCAUCUCCAGCAACGCCUUCUUGCUCGCUUUACGAGCUGAGGGACGCGAAUGUUGUGUUAACUUCCUCCCGGACUCCGAAUCAUCAGCAUCGUCACUAAGGCGAUCGGAGCUGAGUAUUGUUUCCUGUACCUCGCUCGAUCGCUGUAAUCUAGCAGCUUUCUUCUCCUCUUCUAGUUGUUCGCGGGCUUCACGCUCCUUUCGCUUCUUCUCAACCAGGGCCAUGAGUCUGUUAUGGUUUGGUGGUCCGAGCCCCUCAUCCUCAUCAUCUGUUUCCAUUGCAUCCCGGGUAGCGCCAUUGUUCCUUUUCGUGGUGGGGGAAUCCUGAGAAACGAACAACGGCGAAAAGGACCUGUUAGACGUUAUCGAAGCAGAUCUACCUCCGCAACCCGUUCUCCUCCUCAUAGUCGUUUGGACCUCGUCGUCUGUCUCCAUGUCAUUGUCUGUAGUUGCAUUCAGUUUCGGUGAACCCUCCGGCACAAAAAGUGGGGAAUAUGAACGACGAGAUUCCCUUGCUGCUGCGGACGAUCUCCUCCUUCCAACAGCGCGAACAUCCUCAUCCUCAUCCUCAUCCUCAUCCUCGUCCUCAGAAGACGGAGGACGAAUCCCCUUAUCACUAGCAGUAGUAUCUUCCCGCGCUUGGAUCAUUCCCUUGGAAACCCGUUCGUACGCACUCGCAGUCGUAGUCGCACUCUGCUCUACCGCUGACGUCUGCAUCCGUGCCGCCAUCCUCCCCUUCGGCUGCAUGGGUAACUCGUCUUCCUCCUCGGCCGCAUCCCCAUCAUCAUCCCGGGGGCGAUAGAAAUUCGCGGCCGCAAAUGGCGUGAAAAGCGCCCUCGACACAGGUUGCUUCAUCUUCGCGCUAUCGUUACUAUUGCCGCCGGCAUUAGAAGGGUGAGUUGACCUGUUAGUUUCCGUCUGCUUCUCCCUUUCCCCCUCCGAAUCUGUAUCCGUAUCAUACGCCGCCAUAAUAGCCCGAAUCUUCGCGCCCGGCGUCAAUAUGACAGGCGAGUUGACGCCAGCAUCAUCGCUAUUAUGUUCACUUUGUGCAUCGCGCUCUGGUGUUACGGAGGACCGCGCCGGCCGUUUGGUGGAGGGUGUAUCAAUUUCCAUAUUGUCAAUUCGCAAUUCCAAUUCCAAUUCCAAUUGUCACCGUAGAUUAGUGGUAGGUGGGCCUAACUUGCAAGCAAAUUGAGGCUCAGAUUAUUGGGAACGGGAUUGUCCGACCUGCUCUGAUCUAGCGUGCCAGUCACGGAUGCGAAACGGGACCCUAAUAUGCUAGACUGCCAUUGGGGUUGAAAUAUAAAUGAUAUAUAGCAUUUAAACUGUGGAAUAAAACGUAACGGAGAAAAAGUUACUUUGUAUUAGAGCAAUAUUUCGUAUGUUGAGAAGCGUUAAUAUUACGUCUCCAUAUGGUGAGAGUGGAUGUUGGUGCUUUGCCCAUUUUGGCUCCACGCGAAGCCGC